CCAUCUCCAUCUCCAUCUCCCCUCCCCCCAUCACGUCCUACUCCUCCUUCUCAAGUCGUCGCUCGGCGCUCAAGUCCCCCCAAGCACCGAUACUUCUGCUCCCUCGGACCCGAGCCCACCAGCCUCUCCCGCUCUCCAUCCCUAAAGGUUAUGGAUCGAGACAUUGGGGUGUGGCUACGGGGACCGAUUUUUUUUAUAAAAUCGACGGGAUUGUGAACGUAUACCGAGCGUGAGGGAUUCCCUCGACGAGGCUUUGCUACGCCGCACCGACGAUCUCCCUCAUUAAAGCGAGGAGUCCUUAGUUGCAGCUUGUCGGUUGGUUAAGCGAUACUCUUGGCCCCAACGUCGUCGCGAUCCUGGUCUCGGACCGCGCGCGUCUCGUGGCUGUCCAGCAUCGCGGAUAUUGGGCAGGAGGUGGAUGUCAAGGCUCGAAAAUGCCCUGGGGCAGCAUACGACCUCUGGGAGACGUAUCAUGGCCUGCGUUAUCGUUAGGGUCCAUUGACAUCUGUUGAUCCAUCGGCUGAUCAACAGCGAAGGGAGAAAAGAGGCUUGCCACUUGUGUCGCAGGCCCAUGAUAAUACAGGCUCCUUACCCUAUGUGGGAUGUUGAGCGCAACCACUCCCACUCAGCCCCACGAGUACACAGAGAUGUCUCGGUUAGCGGAUUACUUUGUAAUCGUGGGCUACCAUCAUGAGAAGGAAAGAAGUGGUACUAGUAGUGGAAUAAUAUUGCAAAGAUUUCCGGAGACGGAUUGGCCAGACACCCCGUUUAUCGAAGGCAUAGAAUGGUUUUGCCAACCGCAAGGAUGGGCCCUCUCCACCGAAAGACAAGAGCCUCGAUUUUUUGUAUCAAUAUUAACAGACAUAGACGCAAAUCGUCAUUACUGUGCAUGCAUGUGCUUCAAUGAAACCGUGUCAAUAACACCAAGUAAACCCGUAGAUGAGGAGGAAGAUCCCGUAGAUGGGGACAGUCGCAAUUUAGUUGUCAAAACGCUACCAGCUAUUGCGCAUCACAGCAUUAUGUAUGCCCCAAAAUGUUUAGUUUUGGUAUCCAGACUCGAUUAUAUCGAAACGUUUCGUAACUGUCUGGGUAUUAUCUAUACCGUUUAUGUCGAAAAUCUUGGAAUACCUUUGGAAACGCUCGUCGGUAAUAUUUUGGGAUGCAUACAAGUACCACCGGCUGGUGGACCUCAAGUACGCUUCAGCAUUGGUGCAGGCGACCGUCAAGCACUACAGCCACCAAUCAGUCCUUCUCUUCCUAUUACUCACACAAGCGUUAAUUUAUUAUUUCAACAGUUGGGUAUUCGUAAUGUUUUGGUAUUAUUCUGCGCCGUCAUGACGGAGCAUAAGAUUUUAUUCCAUUCGGCAAGUUAUUCAAGAUUGACAGAAGGAUGUAGAGCGCUCACCGCACUGAUGUAUCCAUUUCGUUAUACUCAUGUAUACAUUCCACUUUUGCCAGCUGCUCUAGUCGAAGUGUUGAGUACGCCUACUCCCUUUAUCAUGGGUGUGCACAGCUCUCUAAAAUAUGAAGUAGCCGAACUGAUGGAUGUGAUUGUGGCAGACUUGGACGGUGGCUCGAUCAUGGUACCCGAUGGAGUUUCGCUCUCCUUACUACCGGAGCCCCUUUUAUCACAAACUCAGGACGCCCUGUCGUUGGUCUUGCAACCGGAGCUCGCUUGCGCCGAUUACGCCUUUCCACCACUCGCCACUAGAGCUCCUCACCCCCCCAUGCUGGAUAAGGAACUUCGCGCGGUCUUUAUGAGAGCUUUUGCACAAUUGCUACAAGGCUAUCGUAGCUGCUUGACUCUCAUACGCAUUCAUCCAAAGCCAGUCAUAACAUUUCACAAAGCUGCUUUCCUCGGCGAACGCAAUUUAACGGAUUGCGACUUUACGACGCGGGUGCUGGACUGCAUGUUCUUUACUUCGUUUAUCGCCGAAAGAGGCCCACCCUGGCGGGCCUGCGACGUAUGGGAUGAAUUGUACAGUAACUUGAGCGACCAAUUAAAACAAGAGGUCCAAGAUCAUAGACUGGUACUUACGCACAUUCAGGAAUUGGCUCAACAAUUGUAUACCAACGAAAAUCCAAAUCCUCAGCCGUAUGUACAAAAGAUUUUGAAACCGCCGGAAGGAGCUUUCGCAAGAAUUCAUCAGCCGCCACUGCCGCGCGUUAAUCCUGAAACGGUGCAGGCAAUAAUUGACGAAGGUCUAGCCAAAAGUAAUCUGAAAGUCAGACUCUCGUCACUGAGGCCCAUCCAGCCGCGUAUCGUGCCGACGGGUCCCCACAUAUCCAUCGUCCACGACACCCGUCACCUCGUCAGCAACUCGGCCCGCCGACUCGAGGUGUUGCGCAGCUGCAUCAACUGCAUCUUCGAGAACAAGAUAUCGGACGCGCGCAAGACUUUCCCCGCGGUGCUGCGCGCCCUCAAGAGCAAGGCGGCGCGCCUCGCCCUCUGCAUGGAGCUAUCUCAGCACGUUGUCGGCAACAAGGCCAUGCUCGAGCACCAACAGUUCGACCUCGUCGUCAGGCUCAUGAACUGCGCUCUCCAGGACGACUCGUCGAUGGACGAGCACGGAGUCGCCGCGGCGCUCCUACCACUCGCCACGGCCUUCUGCAGGAAACUCUGCACCGGCGUGAUCCAAUUCGCGUACACCUGCAUACAGGAGCACGCGGUCUGGCAAAAUCAGCAAUUUUGGGAGGACGCCUUUUACUUAGACGUGCAGAAGGACAUCAAACGGCUACACCUGCCCGGCGAGAACAGCCUAUCGCGGCUAAACGACGGCGUGCUGAGCCCAACGAGCCCGAGGGACGGCAAGGACUUGCUGUUCAGGGACCGUACGCUAAUUUACCGGGGCCAGGAGGCCUCGGCUCUCGAGAUCGCCGCCGAGCAGAUGAGAAUAUCGUCGUCCGUCAGUCCGGAGAAGCAGCGCGAACUGAUUGCCAGCGAGGAGAGCACAUUAUACAGCCAGGCCAUUCAUUAUGCCAAUAGGAUGGUGAAUCUGCUGGUGCCAUUGGAUAUCGGAGCCAAGACUCAUCGGCAAGAUCACAUUUUCGACGACGAGCGCGCGAGCAAUAGCGUAACCAACAGCGUUGCCAGUGAUAGUGGCGAUGCGGAGUCUGGCUUCGAGGAGACCGACCCCGGAGAAUUGGGUAGUGCGGUUAUUCGGAUGGUAUCGCGAUUCGUCGAUCGCGUCUGUACCGAAGGUGGCGUGAGCGCGGAACACGUCAGAUGCCUUCAUCAAAUGGUACCUGGCCUCGUUCACAUGCAUAUCGAAACCUUGGAGGCCGUGCACAGGGAGAGUAAACGAUUGCCACCGAUACAAAAACCGAAAAUAUUGACGCCGAAUAUGCUACCCGGAGAGGAGGUGAUAAUGGAGGGUUUGCGAGUUUAUCUUUUGCCUGACGGACGAGAGGAGGGCUCGGCAGGUCUUCCAAAAACGCCACCAUUUUUACCGGCUGAGGGGGCGAUCUUCCUUACAAAUUAUAGAAUUGUUUUCAAAGGAAUUCCGUGCGAUCCUUUUGCUUGCGAGCAGAUGGUAGUGCGAGCCUUUCCAGUUACGUCAUUAACUAAGGAGAAACGAGUUGCCGUGCAGCACUUGGCUCACAUCGAUCAAUGCCAACAAGAAGGACUUCAGCUGAGAUCGUGCACCUUCCAAUUAAUGAAAUUUGCAUUCGACGAGGAAGUGACGCCGGAGAACGUGGAAACUCUGCGGAAAUUAGUUCAUAAGGCUCGGAAUCCCCCACACAUCUUUCAUCAUUUCGCUUUUAGUGGACAAGUGUUGGUAGCCCCAACCACCCACAAUAAAGGAAAGGAAAAGCACGCUACCCUUAAAGGUUUUGCUAAAAAAACUCUUUUAAAAACGGCUAGGAAAGCUGGAUUUAAACCCAAACAAUCCUCAAAACGACAAAAGUAUGUUUUGCCAAAUAUGAAUCUCACUAGUAAUAAUAAAUACAUGACAUCUCCUGGUCGAAUGAGUUUACCGAUAACGGAAAAUAAUGAUCUAAGCCAUGACGAUGAUUUAAGUGUAGACGAAUUCGAAAUACCAGGAAUCGUUGUUCCUCCCGUAACAGAUGCCAAAACACUAGAACGACUGUCGGAGAGAAGUUAUGUAAGAGACUGGUAUCGCCUUGGCUUGUGCUCAAGUGGUCCGCACAAUAAUCGGCGGAACGAGCCAUUUCGAUUGACCUCAGUUAAUUGUGCCUAUAUGAUAUGCAGAAGCUAUCCCGCUUUAUUUAUAGUUCCUACCUCUGUAACGGACGAGAGCAUCCGUAGAUUUUGUAGAUUGUACAGACAUAAUCGAAUUCCAAUAGUGACGUGGCGCCACCCACGAACGAAGGCUUUAUUGAUUAGAGGCGCCGGUUAUCAUGGUAAAGGUGUUAUGGGAAUGCUUAAAGCUCAUCCGACCUCUGCCGGCAAUCUCAAAGCGAGCUCGUCGGAGAGUACGUCGUCUUUCGAACAGGAAAAGUACAUAGCAGCUCUUGUCGCCUCAACACCAGUAUCGAUACUACGACAGGGUUCGGCCUGGGGUAUGUCCGAUAGCUCCUUAAGUAUCGAUUCGCUGCUACUAGCAGCCGAGGACCGAAACGCAACUCCCGAACAAUCACGAAGAAAUCCAUUUAAUAAAGCCAUGGGUACUUUAAGCUCUUCGGGUGGCAAGGGUCCGAAAAAUUUCGGUAGAUGGGGCUCUCUGAAGGACAAGAGACAAAGCUCCCAGGCAUCAUUGACAUCGGCAAACCAAAGAGGAACGGUGAGGCAUUCGGCAGAUUCCGAUAGCGGCACCGAGUGCGUUCAUACAUUUCAAAGAGCUGCCCUUUAUAUCCUUGGAGAAAAGGCACAUAUGAAGGGAGUGAAAGCUGAAUCAGCGCCGAAAACCGACUUCAUACCCGUGGAAUUUUAUGACGUAAGGCAUACGAAGGCUGCCUUUAAAAAACUCGUUAGGGCCUGCGUUCCCAGUUCACCCAAUGUGGAGCCUGACGCCAGCUUUUACAAGCUAAUAGAGAGCUCGGAAUGGCUUCAGCAACUUCAAAGUCUGAUGCAGCUUGCCGGAGCCGUAAUAGACCUAAUGGAUUUGCAAGGGUCGUCGGUUUGCGUGUCCUUGGAAGACGGAUGGGAUACAACAGCGACCGUCUGCUCGAUCGCCCAAGUUUGCUUGGAUCCGCAUUAUCGAACGAUCGAGGGCUUCCGGACUCUCAUUGAGAAAGAGUGGCUGGGCUUCGGGCAUCGUUUCGGUCACCGCAGCAACCUCGCCGUUAACUCGCAAACGACAAAUUUCACCCCCACGUUUCUACAGUUUCUCGAUAUCGUUCAUCAGAUCCAGAGGCAAUUUCCCCUGGCCUUUGAAUUCAACGACUACUAUCUCAAGUUUCUAGCAUAUCAUUCGGUGUCCUGUCGAUUCAGGACUUUCUUGCUCGACUGUGAAUUCGAUAGAGUCGAGUGUGGAAUAACGGCUGUGGAGGAUAAACGAGGAUCCCUCACCAGUCAUCAUAAAGGUGUGGAUACCGGUAGCGAUGACGAGACGGUGUAUCCCGGUGGCAGAUUGGCCGGCACCAAUACUGGCACGAACUUAGGCCAGAGCAUAUUCGACUACAUCGAAAAGCAGCACGCGAGAUGCCCGCUCUUCUACAACUUCAUGUACACUCCAAACACGGAACACCCAAUUCUCCGGCCCGUAUCGCAUUUGCCGAGCUUGGACAUAUGGCAGUAUUAUUUAGAGGAAGAACUGGCUCACGGGCCCGCUUACGACCUUGAGAUACUCCAGCAAGACUCGCAGCAGGAGGAGGAAGCCGAGGCUGCAGACGGCACUGUUAAGAGUAAUCGAAAAGUCGUGACGCAAGGGUACAACGGUGUCAGCACAAUGGUUCCCGACCAAUUUACUCAUCUUCUCGAAGAGAUUCACAAGCUCGAAACGGAGCUUGGUCAUCUGCCCCAGAAGUGGAAAGUCUUGUGGGACAAGCUCGAAUUGCCCAACACCGACUCGCUAACUAGACACGCGUCGUUCAGCACGGCGCUUGUACGACACCACGGCAGAUUGAUUCACAAACGCUCGACGUUGGAGUUACUAUUGAGGGGAAAGCUUGCCGGUGGAAGCACAGCUGGAAACGAAAACUCCGUCUAUGUCCAUCCCCACAGAUUCGAAAGACUCGACACGGCUACACCGACACACUGUGACGCGUGCUCCGGUGUUCUAUGGGGUCCCGUUAAGGCUGGAUUACGAUGCGUCGAUUGCGGGCACGUUUGUCACGAUAAGUGUGCCGAUUCCGUGUCGAAAAAUUGCACGAAAUACAAAGCGGUAGGCUCGGACAAUAUACAAAAUCACACUCUAACCAGGAGUGGUGGAGAUAAUGGAAGCGUUAAUUCAAGUGUUACGACAUUGCAAACCUCGUCGCAGCAAUAUUACGAACAAUUUUCUAGUAAUGUGGCGGAAAAUAGAACGCACGAGGGUUACUUGUAUAAACGCGGAGCGCUACUUAAGGGAUGGAAGCAAAGAUGGUUUGUUUUAGAUUCGAUAAAACAUCAAUUGAGAUAUUACGAUGCAAUGGAGGACUCAAACUGCAAAGGUUACAUAGAUCUUGCCGAGGUUGUAUCGGUAACUCCUGCAGCCCCUGUACAAGCACCUGGGAAGAAAACAGAUGACAAAUCGUUCUUCGACCUUCGCACAAACCGCCGGACGUACAAUUUUUGUGCAGGUGAUGCCGCGACAGCACAAGAAUGGAUCGAGAAGGUCCAUGCGUGUUUGCAGUAGUGCCUCGAUAUCAAUUUGUUUUUAUACGAAAUUAAACAAGUGACUGAUAGGAUAAUUAUUCCAUUAUGUGAAAGACUUUUGUAUAGUGUACUCGUGAAUGUCAUGAAUAGCAAAUUUACGUUCAAGUUAUAAUUUUUAUUAAUUACAAUUUAUUAAAAAUUAUGUGAUUAUGAUAUUCCUAAUAAUGCCUAUUAAAGUGUUUACGGAAUAGCAUUGAAGUACGUUCUAUCUACAUAAAACAAAAGUUAAAAAAAAACUUGUUCUAAUUUUUAUAUAGCUUGUUCGAUUAUGCCUUUUUAAUGAGCGAUUACAUAAUUUAUGGAGCGUUACAAUUUUCUUAAAAGAAUCUGUUUUCUACUUUCCGUUAAAGUGCGUAUUAGUAAUGAUUAAUAAUAAUCAAGCAAAUUGUAGGUACGUAAGCUUUUAUGUCCCUUGAUAUGUUGCGAGGAUUGUUAUCGCUAGAUUUACAUGGGGCGAUUUUUCUUAAAUUAUAUAAGAUGAGCCAAACAAGAGAGGAAGAUACAGCGCGUCUGUUCCUUCGACUCUAUCAUAUCAAUAAUUAAAUUUUAAAAACUUGUGUAGCUGUUAACGACAGAAGAGAAUUUGUAACUAUGAAAGUGGUAUCGUUGUAACGGAGGUGGAUUAUAAAAGAAAAGUUGAUCUGUCGCUGAUCAUUAUGAUUCUCGUUUGAAAAUUGUACAAAUGUCCUUGUAUAAAUGGCAAUAUAAUAGACAUAUAGUGGAUGCGAA